UUCGCCCAUUCAGCGUCGGUCUCGCGCACUGUGAUGAUCAAUCGGGUUCGUGACAGCUAUUGUCCUCGCGCUUUAAACGCAACACCAUAAAGCCGCUGCGACAGAAGAAAUCAUGACAGAUAAAGGAAAUGAGGAGGACUAUGUCGGGGAGAUCAAAGGGGGGCUACGGCCGACGAUGAGGCUUACAGUAAUGGGUAUUGUUCACAAGCAUCCCAAAAGCAUGGUAGUGUUAGUGUCGUGCCAGUCUAAGAUUGAGGAAGAUGAGGAAAUCGAGGGUGAUGUUGCUCUGGAGCUGAAGGUAAACUUUGCAGAAAGAGCUGUAAUUCGCAACGCCCGUCUGUCAGGGCAGUGGGGUGCUUCGGAGACCGCCCUCUCUUUCUUCCCCUUUGAAUCAGGGGAGCCCUUUAAGAUGGAGAUUGUGUGUGAGCACCAGCAGUUUCGGAUUCUGGUGGAUGGGAGGCCCUUGUGUGGUUUUGCUCACAGAUUUACUCAGCUAUCAUCUCUCACUGCUCUUAGAGUCCAUGGAGACCUACAGCUCACCAAAGUGGCCUGAACAGGAGGGGAUGUGCCUGCCAUGAUAACAGAUCAUUCAUAGAGCAAACUUACAGAUUGGGGUUUUAGAAACCUUCAGUACAGUACUGUACACAUUUGUCUUAAAAGUUCCAGAACUCCAAGUUGGUUUAAAAUUGAUUUGGAUUUGUUUUGGUAGUGGCAGUUUCUACAGUGAUUUCCAAUGACGGUGUGAAAAAAACAGACUUUGUCUGUUCAGUAUUUGAAUUUGAUUCUUCCUUCUAAAGGGCUUUGGUAUAUUUAUGGAAACAUUCAUAAGAGGGACUCUCUGAAGAAGCUGUGCACCUUUAAAUUUCAAAUAAUUAUCAUUUUUUUAAUAAACUCAAGAUUGAAACGUUUUGUUUAAGUAACCUGUUAAAUACAAAAUUACAUAAUCUGUAUACCUUUCCAUUAAUAAUUCUGGAGAGGUGUUAAUUUUGUCAUAAUUUUUAGCUUGAUGCUUGAGUUCUCAUGACAGAAUCUUUAAUAUCUUUUAAAAAUUAUAAUGUACUACCUAACAUAGUUAGUUUAUGUGGCUCUUUAAUACAGCAGCAAAAGUGCCUUCAUUUGUUCCUGUAGAUCAGUGGUUCUCAAACUGUGUAGGCGGGCCCCCCUUGGUGGCGUGAGAUGGUACCAGGGGGCCCUCGUUUUAAACCAUUUAUAAAAAACAUUAAUUCAUCAUAAAUUGUGUGCAAUUAAACCUCAGAAAAGUAAAGCUACCAACAAACAGCACUACACUAGACUUUUAUACAUUUUAAGUUUGAGAUUGUUUUAUGUCAUGAAUGAGAUGCACCCUACACAAGGGGGCGCACGUUGAAAAGUUUGUGAUCCACUGCUAUAGAUGCACUUACACAGCAGGAUUUGGGUGUGUUUGUAGUUAUAAUUGAUGUAGUGGAAAUUCAUUUGUAACCUCAUCUUUUUUGCCUGUUCUAGAUUUACAUAAACCAUUUUCUCAGUUUUCUGUCAGUUUGCUGAACAAGUGGUUCAAUAAUUAUUAAACAAGCAGUUUAAUAAUUCAAAAGAUCAUCAUUAUUUCUUCAUCUUUUUUUGUUCACCUAAGAUCUGACACCUAAAUUUUCACUUUCAAUGCCUUGCAAUAUAUAGGACUCGAAAGUCCUUUUAAAACCAUCAUGUGCUCUGUCUGCAUUCAUAAUGGUGCUAUCAAUAUACAUUCUGAUGCUGCAAAUUCAGCAUGUACUAAAUAACUUUGUUCAUAGUUUACUUUUAGACCGACGUUUACUUGGUACAUAAAAUAAUGGCAAUAUGUAAUCAUUAAACUUUUAUUAAAGAACUUCUUUUAUUUGA